GAUCGAUCGAAGAGUCCCUCCAGCCCACUCCCACGAGGUCGACUGACUCCCUCUCCUUUCUUGCUGCCUCCCCUCUCCUCCAGCGCUCCCCCUCCCCCUUCCUUGGGCAUCACCUUUUUCCUUUGUUCUUCGCAUUAGUCUGCCGUAGCCGGCUGACUCCUCCGGCUGCCGCGGGAUUUGCCUCGUUGCCCUGUUGACAAAGCACGGUUCAGGUCGCCCCUCCAACGCUACUUGCUCACUAUCUCAAGUCCUCCCCGAGGACUACUCGAGCUGCAGCACCACCCUUCACCAUGGACUCCAUGCGAUCCCUCAACACCUCAUUGCCCAAGUCGACGCCUCGUCCGCAACCCCCCGAGCAACUUCUGCAGUCGUUCAAAGCUGCUGCUCUGUCCGUCACCAACCUUUACAAGAAUGCCGUCUUCGAGCAGUCCCAGGCCAAGCAAGCCGGCUACCAAGAAGCAAUUGAGGAUCUACUGCACUUUCUAGACCGGGAGAACCUCGGUCUGGGAGACGGGGAAGGCUGGGCGGUUCGACAAUGGGCCACGGAACGGAGUGAUGGCACCGGCCCCCCCAGCGAUGACGACGAGGGAGAAAAGCACGCCCGAGGCACAACCCCCACGCCUGCCCGGAAGGCACAGCCAGAGCCAGAGCCUGCCCGGCAACCAUCUAAGCCGGCCUCCCCUGCGACGGACGAGCAGGCUGCCACACCGCAGCAACAGCAUCCUGUGUCCUCGUCACCCGUCCCCGAACCCAAUGCCUUCGAUCGACCCACUAUAUUCACCUUCACCUCCGGGCCAACGUUCCCGCAAAUAUCCGAACAAGACAUGGACAUGCAGCCCUCCGACAACUCGACUCCUGCAUCCCAAGACGGUGCGCCGGUCAGCGUCUCCGUGUUGCCACGGAACUCGCGGCAACAGCACCGUCACAACAACUUCUCGCGAACGAACACCCGACCGUCUGCGCGGGAACCGUCCGUCGGAAUCGGCUCGAAGCGCAAGCUAGCCGUGCCGGAUUUCUUCGACCUCUCCGGCCUCGGGAAUCGAGACAUGUUUGGCGGCGGCAAACGAGGCCGCUUCACCUAGAGAAUAUGACAUCUCGACGAUUAGACGAGCAUAAUAUUCUUACGGUCACGCAGCGGUCGAUUGCAUUUUGAUUUCGUGGUUUUUCCUUCGGUGCAUUAGUGGGAGUAUUGCAUGUGGUCCUGUUCCGGGCCAGGGGUUCCAUUUUCCUCCUACCUAUCAUAUUCUCCUUAUGCUGUGUUUUAUAUUUUCUUGUCCAGUCCUCAUUCUUCCAUUUUUUUUCUAUUUUUUUUACUUAUCCUUAUAUCCCUUGGUCACAUAACAUUCAAUCUAUAGAGGUUACCAGAUAUGGCGAUACCCGGCGAGGCGGCGGUCUGUGAGAUUAAUGGUGCUAUUUUAUAUACUGGUCUGGUGUGUAUAUGAGUUAUCAACAGUUGAAGCGACGCUUCGGCAUGCAUUCCGU